AUGGAGGAAACAGAAGAAAAUAUAACUUUAAAAUCAAUAAGCGAAGAAACUUUAUACUAUCACGCAGAUAAAAGUACAGGAGUAUCAGAUAAAUGUUUAUUUGCCAGAUGGUUGAAACCAGAAAAUGUCGAUGAGUUGAAGUUCGUAACCAAAGAUGUUUUAUUGAUACGAGCCGGAAAGACCAUAAUAUUUUAUGAUGUUGUUACUAAAAAAGAAGAUAUCUUAAUAGUUGGCAGUAAAUCGUUUCAAAAUAGUAGUGGUACGAAACACGAAUUACCUUUAGAAGGCAUUGGGUGUGUUGAUUGUUGUGAAAUAGAUUUAUUGGCUUUGGCUGAACAACCACCAAUAUCUAAGGUGGUUAUAUGUUCGUACCCUGAACUAAAAGUGUUAGCAACUCUUAUUGAUAAUAGCUGUUCUGCAGCUUAUAAGUCUAUACUGUUUCUAAAAUUGGAAUAUUUAAUCGGCUUGCGUGAAUAUCCAGCAUUUGAUUUGAUAGUAUGGGCAUGGAGAAUCGGAGAAAAACUUUUAGUCAUCGACACUGGAUUCAUUCAGCCGAAUCAAUAUCUAAAGUAA